AAGUUCGCUGCAGUCGGGUGCCAGUCUGGUCCGUAGCCACGAUGGAUACAAUACCUUACGUUUUGGUCCUCCUGCUUUUUGUAACAAGGAUACAGGAAAAUGAUGCUCUCCAAUGUCACUGUGAGCGCUGCAGUGCCAACUCAAGCUGUACAACAGAUGGCGUCUGUUUCGUCAAUAUCCGCAAGACAGGCAACCGGUUGACGACCGAGCUGCGCCAUUGUGUUCCCGAAAAGGAACUGUUCCCGCGGGAUCGACCCUUCAUCUGUGCCCCAUCCUUCAAGCACGACACAGUCCUUUUUCCGAUUUGUUGUACCACAGAUUAUUGCAACAAGGAGCCUGACCUCACCGUUGUCCCUGUCCCCACUGCUAAGACCCCAUCUCUGGGACCAGUAGCUCUUGCUGCGGUGAUUGCUGGGCCAGUGUGUGUAUUCUGCUUGCUGCUCGUUUUGGCCUUCUAUGCCUGCCAUAGCCACCGGGGGCUGGGGGCCGGCGGGGCAGGGGCCCACCAUCACCACCACCACCGGGUACCCAAUGAGGAGGAUCCCUCCAUGGACCACCCAUUCAUCACAGUCGGAACAACACUGAAGGACCUAAUCUAUGAUAUGACCACCUCAGGUUCAGGAUCAGGCCUGCCACUUCUUGUCCAGAGAACCAUUGCCAGGACCAUCAUUCUCCAGGAGAGUAUAGGGAAGGGGCGUUUCGGGGAGGUGUGGCGAGGCAAAUGGCGCGGUGAGGAAGUGGCUGUAAAGAUUUUCUCCUCCCGGGAGGAACGAUCUUGGUUCCGAGAGGCUGAGAUCUACCAGACUGUGAUGCUGCGACAUGAGAGCAUUUUGGGCUUCAUCGCUGCAGACAACAAAGAUAAUGGGACAUGGACUCAGCUGUGGCUCGUGUCAGACUACCACGAGCACGGCUCGCUGUUUGACUACCUUAACCGCUACACUGUCACCGUUGAAGGAAUGAUCAAGCUGUCCCUGUCCACAGCCAGUGGCUUGGCCCACCUUCACAUGGAAAUCGUCGGCACACAAGGUAAGCCAGCGAUUGCUCACCGAGAUCUGAAGUCGAAGAACAUUCUGGUGAAGAAGAACGGAACCUGCUGCAUUGCCGAUUUAGGUCUCGCUGUUCGCCACGACUCAGCUACUGACACAAUUGAUAUCGCUCCAAAUCACAGAGUUGGAACGAAAAGAUACAUGGCUCCAGAGGUCCUGGACGACUCCAUAAACAUGAAACACUUUGAAUCUUUUAAGCGAGCUGACAUUUACGCCAUGGGAUUGGUCUUCUGGGAGAUUGCCAGUCGUUGCUCCAUGGGAGGAAUCCACGAGGACUACCAGCUGCCAUACUAUGACCUGGUUCAGUCAGAUCCUUCAGUGGAGGAGAUGAGAAAGGUGGUUUGUGAGCAGAAGCUUCGCCCUAACAUUCCCAAUCGCUGGCAGAGCUGCGAGGCGUUACGCGUAAUGGCUAAGAUCAUGAGAGAGUGCUGGUAUGCAAACGGCGCUGCCCGGCUCACGGCGCUGCGGAUUAAGAAGACCCUGUCCCAGCUCAGCCAACAGGAGGGAAUCAAGAUGUAGAUCGCGAGCUACCAAACACACUUCAGACUGGCAUCCAUAUCAUUCGCAUUAUCAUCGACAUUGUUAUUCAUUCAUUUUUUUUUUCCUUCUCUGGAUCGGAAGGGAAGGUAAGACAUUAUUUCCCCAGUGGUCUCAUUUUCUCACCCUUAACUCACUCAGUGGUGAGUUCUGCAUUUGCAAUUGAAGACACCGGAAUCCAUUGAUGGAUGGAUGAAUGAGUGGGCGGAUAAAUGGCAGAAUCUGAUGAGGGACGGCAGUGCCCGAGGGCACUAAGAGUGGCAUUAAAGGAAGCCUCCGCCUAUUUUCCUCCACGCUCCUUUACUCGUAAAAGGAAGACUCUUCAAGACCCAUUAGGGCGACGGGAGUCCAUCCCAGUCUGGCCUUCAUCGCUCAGACAUCCUCAGGUAGAUUCAACAGCAGACGGUCAGCUGGUAUCACCUGAGAAGCCGCUGAGCUGCCUUACAUAUUCAUCAUCUCUGCCUCAUUUGUAUAUUAGCCUUUCACUAUUCACUUCACUGGGCUAUAAGCUACUCGCCUCAUUCGAUAAACAUUUGCGCUAACGCGAUGUGUCACAUUAGCCCGAUCCGCGGAGACGAUUUACCAACACAUUCUUGGAAGAAAUGUCAUUAUACAAAGUGCUCCCACAACACUAACUCAUUCUAGUCCGGGGUUAACCAUCUUUAGUUUGACUUUGGCAGUGAGAAACACGCAGCACGGGUAGUCAUUUUUAAUCAGCUUGGUUCAUCGAAACUGAAAACUAUUCAAACUGGAAAUUAAUACAACAUGCAGGAAGUUCUUCAUCCAUCAUUCUUAAGCAUUUUUUUUUUGUUGUUGUUGUUGUACCGAGAGGAGUAAAAUGAAGUCAUUCUUCACCUGGAGUAGUUGAAAAGUUGCUUUGAAGCUCAGCUGUGAUGGAUAGUAUUCAAGCAUGAUUAUUAUUCAUCAGAUGGUAGAUGGUGUGAGUGAGUAGCACUGGGGACCGAAGCGUGGACCAGAGUAUUACGACACCCUGUUUGUCAUCGCUUCACCAAUUUUGCACCCGGUUUUCGUUUUCUUACUCGUGUAUAUUUCCCCAUCUCCGCCGGUGUUAUCAUGGAGAUGGAAAAGGUCAGUUUAAUUUAUUAUUUUUCUUUUUUCUCUUGAGUGGCAGGGCAUCUUUUUCUUUUUUUUUUUUUCCUUUUGAAAAGUUAAAACUGGACACGACGAACUGGUUCAGUUUUGGCAAACAUGCUGCAUCAUAUGCAAUUUACAGUAGAUAAAUGUGUCUAUUUUCUAUACUCUGCUAAAAUACACAAACAACAACAACAAUCAGCUGCCAUCAUGCCUUCCAGUCCAGCUGUUACCGGAAAGUGCCAGUGCUUUAAAAAAAAAAAAAAAACAAACUCCUCUUGCCAGCUGCUGUGCAUGUACGCAGCUGUGUGUGUGUGUGUGUGUGUGUGUGUGUGUGUGUGUGUGUGUGUACUGUUUGUGUCAGAGGAGGCCGAGCAUACCCAAGCUCGUACUAUGCACACCCAAAAAAAAAGUCCAGUAGAAAAGCAAAGCUAUGUAACACCGCGCACAACACCGACAACAACCCAGCCUCGACCAUCUGGUGCCAUUUCAUGGCCUGCCCUCUGAACACGUGAACACGCAAACGCCUCAGAAAACAACUCUUGGACUUCUCGUCCAUCCGGUGUAGAGCGUCGGUGUCGGGAAACGGACCAUCCGUGAUGAGCUUUUUUGUUUGGGGCCAAUCGUAAACUCUUUCAUUGUGGAAAAACGAAGUAAUUCAAAAGCCCAGUCGUUGGGGACCCCGCCGCAAGAACCGCCACAGCUUUAGGAACCAAUACACAGCACAGGAACUUUUGUUUACAUAAGCGAGAGGUCAUCAAAACAGAGAAGCAGAAAAAUAGUUGAUCAAAAGUUCAAGAUUAUCCCCUAAACUAACAAAAUCAAGAAUGUUGUUCCUAUGAAAAGCUGAGCAUUUAAUCAAUAUUCUCAAUAACCCUCAAAUGCUCCGUGUACUAGUCCGCUUUUGGUCCUCACUAUAGGAUAACUACAUGUUACUAAUGAGACAAAACUGCAUUAGUUGACAUCUGUGCGCCACUCAUGAACCAUUAGAUGUCAACCAAUACAUUUUGAAACGUUACUCGUAGCACGUUGUUGUGCACUAGGCGCAGUUUUUCCUGCUAGUGAAAAGAAAGAAAACUAGUACCGUAAUUCCCGGCCUACAGAGCGCACCUGGUUAUAAGCCUCGUUUGUAAAGGAAAUACCAUUUGGUACAUACAUACGCCGCAGAUGUGUAAAAGCCACAAGUGCCCACAGUGAAACACGAGAUACAGUGGUACAUCGGUUUUUGAGCGAAAAUCGGAACUCGAACGCCUCUAACAAAACCCGGAAAUAACAGAACGCGCACGGCCAGACCAACUGACCCAUUGACGCACUUUGUUGUGAAUUCCCACCCCGGCGAAAAAACCCGUAAAUAAUAGAAUGGUCACAGCCAGACCGGCUGACUCACCCAAGAUGCGCUUUGUUAUUGUCAAUUCGAACGAAAAAGAAAAAAAAAGAAACGGAAAUAACAUAACUCGCGCGGCGGUUAAUCCGUUUUUUU